AUGAAAUCUUAGAAUUCUAAAAAACCUAAUCUGAAGAUUACACUCAAUAAGAAAUCGGUGGCAUAAUUGGUGCAAUCAGACAAGCCUCCAAGUUCUAAAUGUUCUUAGAAAACAACAUCAUCGAAUGGAAAGACAACUGCUUCAUCCAAGUAGUUGUGUUUCAAAUUCCAAGACAACUAUUCAACUGCUAACCCAUCGGUUAUUUCAGAGGGCGAGAAGAAAUCACUCGAUCCAGAUCAAUCAUAACUGAUUUAAUUGCUGAUUCAAGAAAAUUUGUAAUUGCAAAAGCAAAACUCAGACAAAGACACCAUUAUUUCUAAACUUAUUACAAACAAAAAACCAGUCAUUUUAUAAAGAGCCAAUACAUCAAAUACCGAGAGGAGUCCUGAAAAAUGCUUUUAAAUAAAAAAGUUGCAGCAAAACACUUGUCAGAAGAAAUCGAUUUCUCCUCUCGGCUUCACGUUUUGUAACGUUGAUUAGGAGGACGAAGAAAAAGUCAUCCAAAGUCAACCAAUGACGAGGUCUCAAAAGAGACUUCCCAAAGAGUUUUAAAUUGUACCAAAUCAGAGACGGUUUUUCAUCUGA